CGGGUGGGACUAGGGGCAGCGGCCGGUGGGCUGGGUAGGGCUGGCACCAGGGCUGUGGGCAACGUGAGUUCCCAUCCUGAGACUCAGCUGAGGCUGAAGCCGUGAGUGUGCCUAUCCUGGGGCACCAUGGAGAGGUGCCCAUGGUUGACACGAGCUGUGUCCCCAGCUGUUCCCGUAUACAAUGGCAUCAUCUUCCUCUUUGUGCUGGCCAACUUCAGCAUGGCUACCUUCAUGGACCCUGGCAUCUUCCCCCGAGCGGAUGAGGACGAGGAUAAGGAGGAUGAUUUCCGGGCCCCGCUGUACAAGAAUGUGGAUGUGCGGGGCAUCCAGGUCCGUAUGAAGUGGUGUGCCACCUGCCACUUCUACCGCCCGCCGCGCUGCUCCCACUGCAGUGUCUGCGACAACUGUGUAGAGGACUUUGACCACCACUGCCCCUGGGUCAACAACUGCAUCGGACGCCGCAACUACCGCUACUUCUUCCUGUUCCUGCUGUCGCUCAGUGCGCACAUGGUGGGCGUCGUCGCCUUCGGCCUGGUCUACGUGCUGAACCAUGCUGAGGGACUGGGAGCUGCCCACACCACCAUCACCAUGGCUGUCAUGUGUGUGGCUGGCCUCUUCUUCAUCCCUGUCAUCGGCCUUACCGGUUUCCACGUGGUGCUGGUCACUCGGGGGCGCACUACCAAUGAACAGGUGACAGGGAAGUUCCGUGGGGGCGUGAACCCCUUCACUCGAGGCUGCUAUGGGAAUGUGGAGCAUGUGCUGUGUAGCCCCCUGGCUCCUCGGUAUGUAGUGGAGCCACCUCGGCUGCCACUUGCUGCUCGCCUGAAGCCGCCCUUCCUUCGACCUGAGCUCCUGGAGAGAGCUGCCCCACUCAAGGUCAAGCUUAGUGACAACGGACUAAAGGCCAGCCUGGGCCGUAGCAAGUCCAAGGGCAACCUGGACCAGCUGGAUGAGAAGCCACUGGACCUGGGGCCACCGCUGCCCCCCAAGGUGGAGGCUGGCACGUUCAGCAGUGACCGGCAGACCCCACGCCCGGGCAGUGCUGAGAGCGCCUUGUCAGCACAGAGGACCAGCCCCCCAACACCCGCCAUGUAUAAGUUCCGGCCCACCUUUACCACGGGUCCCAAGGCGCCCUUCUGUGGGCCAGGCGAGAAGGUUCCGGGCCCUGACUCCCUGACGCUGGGGGAGGACAGCAUCCACAGCUUGGACUUCACGUCUGAGCCCAGCCUGGACCUCCCUGACUAUACACCCAGUGGCCUGCACACAGCCUGCCCUCCGUCCCCACCCCUCAGCGCCUCCGACACCUUCUCAGGGGCCUUGCGCUCCCUGAGCCUCAAGGCUGCAAGCCGGCGGGGUGGGGACCACAUGGCCCUGCAGCCCCUGCACUCUGAGGGUGGGCCCCCAACACCCCAUCGGGGCAUCUUUGCCCCCCAUGCAUUGCCCAACCGCAAUGGCAGCCUGUCCUAUGACAGCCUGCUUACCCCUGGCUUGCCCGGCGGCCACGCGUGCCCAGCCCAUCCCUCGGCCAGCGUGGCCAGCUAUCGCUCACCGUACCUGCACCCUGGGGCGGUGGGUGACCCACCACGGCCUCCGCCCCGGAGCUUCAGCCCUGUGCUGGGCCCCCGGCCCAGGGAGCCCUCACCCGUGCGCUAUGACAACCUGUCCAGGACCAUCAUGGCCUCCAUCCAGGAGCGCAAGGAUAGGGAGGAGCGUGAGCGGCUGCUGCGCUCUCAGGCCGACUCGCUCUUUGGCGACUCAGGCGUCUAUGACGCACCAAGCUCCUACAGCCUGCAGCAGGCCACCGUGCUAUCCGAGGGCCCCCGUGGCCCUGUGCUACGCUACGGCUCCAGAGAUGACCUGGUGGCCGGGCCUGGCUUCGGAGGCGCCCGCAACCCUGCGCUGCAGACAUCUCUGUCCUCGCUGUCGAGUGUUGUUAGCCGGGUGCCUCGGACCUCCUCCUCCUCCCUCCAGGCAGACCUGGCCAACAACAACGCCCCAGGGCCCCGGCCAGGCAGUGGCUCGCACAGGUCUCCCCUGCGCCAGGGCCCACCCUCCCCCCCCAGCACGCCCCGCUCGCCCUCCUACAUGGGCCCCAAGGCCAUCGCCUUCAUCCACACGGACCUCCCGGAACCACCGCCCUCACUGGCUUUGCAGAGGGACCACCCUCAGCUGAAGACCCCCCCAAGUAAGCUUAACGGGCAGUCCCCGGGCCUGGCCCGCCUAGGGCCUGCCGCUGGCCCCCCAGGGCCCUCCACGAGCCCUGCCCGGCACACACUCGUUAAGAAGGUGUCCGGUGUGGGUGGGACCACGUACGAGAUCUCGGUGUGAGGACUGACUGCCACCCAUCCGCCAUGGCACCACAGGGACCAGGACCCCCCAGCGGCUGCCCCCCUUCCCAACUACUCUGCCACAGCAGAGGAGGCCCAGGCCUGGUGUGGACGCAUCAGAAGGAGAGAGAACCACGCCUCCACAAGUCAGUCUCUCAUCCUCCGCCUGUCCAUCCACUUAUCUGAUCACCAGGGCGCAGCCGGGCCAAGGGCCGCUGGCUGCAGGAUGUGUCAGUGCCCCAGCUUCCACGGGUCGAGGCCUUGAGGGGGCACCCGAGGUGGUCACCAGGCCAGCCUCCACCCACUCCCCUUACAGAUGGGUCACUGUGGCCCAGAGAUGGACAGAGAGGCCUGGGCCCCUGGCUGUCUUCUGGACCGAGGGCCUGCUGCCUGGCUGCUCCUGACCCGCUGCCUUUCAGGGACCUGCUGGAAGCUUUUGGCUUGGCGAGGCUGAUUCUUCUGCAGGGAGUCCAGCCCUGGCCCACAGGCACCCAGCACUGGGGCUGCUCUGGGUUAUGACAGACAGGUGGACAGACAGACAGACAGACAGACCGCCAGCUGUGGGUGGGGUCCUGGCUCCAUGUGUCCCGUCCGGCCCAGCUGGUGGGCAUGUCCCUGUGUCUGCGCUGAGCUGCCAUGCCAUGUCCCAUGUGUUAAAGCUCGGGCCCCCGCUGCCCCCACUGCCGGGAAACUCGCUGUCAUUGAAGCCUUAACCUCUGCUUUAUGCUCUUGUGGGAGGUGAUGGGGGCAGGUGGGACAGGCACAGGCCGGACGCUGCCACAGGGGCCUCUGAGACCCGGAGUCCCUUCCCUGCCAAACGAGAUUCCCCACCCCAAGGCAUGCAGAGUCGGGCCUGCCAGAGCCUUGGCACCUGCAUGGGAAGCACAGGGGGAGGGGUCCAAGUUCUGCCUGGCGCCAGGGACCCGAGAGUAAGCACACAGCAGCGUCCGCUUGCGUUGUGUCUGUUUUAUGUUUUUAUAUCUACAUCUAUAUAUCUAUAAUUUUAUUAAAAAAAGAAAAAGAA